AUGAAGCUCAGCUUACUCGCGAGUCACAUUGGAGGGAGAAAAAACUGUACCCGACUCUGCCUUUUGUACCUCAACUUGUACGGUCAUCUUGAUUUCCAUUUUCCGGUGGUGGUGCCGGAGAUGGGAUUCGUCGGCACCAGAUUCGUGGUCCUCCAAGACCAAGAGCAGCAGGAGGAGUUUUACGUGAACGGGUGGAAUUCGUAUUGGUUGAUGAGCCUGCAGGAGAGCAUGCGGGCCCCAUCCAAAUGGGCUUUGAGCGACGGAUCGCCUCCUAAUGCUCUUCAGCUCCGCCCUGCCGUCUUUCAUCAAACACUCUUCCAGGCGUUAGACUAUGUAUUAGUUGAAGCAAGAAGGCAGGGGAUAAGAAUCAUCUUGAGCCUUGUAAACAAUUUGAAUGCAUAUGGUGGUAAAGCGCAGUAUGUGCGUUGGGCAAAAGAAGCUGGACUCAUUGUCUCUUCUUCUACUGACUCUUUUUUCUCUCACCCAAUUAUCAAAGCUUACUACAAGGCUUAUGUGAAGGCAAUAUUAUCUAGAAAGAAUUACUUCACUGGAGUCAAAUAUUCUGAUGAACCAUCCAUAUUUGCUUGGGCACUUAUCAAUGAGCCUAGAUGUGAAUCCGUUUCAUGCGCCUCUGAUCUUCAGGCUUGGAUUACAGAGAUGGCUGCUUUUGUGAAAAGUUUGGACCAAAAACAUCUAGUAAUGGUUGGACUUGAAGGGUUUUAUAGCUCAAAAUCAAAUGAGAACUACGGAGCAAAUCCAGGGAACUGGGCAGCGACACUUGGAUCAGACUUCGUAAACAAUUCUGCUGUCAGACUCAAAGACAUAGAUUUUGUCUCAGUCCAUGCAUACCCUCACAGCUGGAUACCAGAGACAGAAUUAGAAGCAAAAGUGAAGUACCUUUCGAGAUGGGUAGAUGCUCAUAUAAAUGAUGCUGAAUAUGUGUUGAAGAAGCCGGUUCUUUUCACAGAAGUGGGGCUUUUGAGUAUUGAGACGGGAGGAGUAUAUGACAGAGACAUCAUAUUGAAGACCGUCUACAACAAAAUUUACGAGUCUGCAGAGAAAAGAGAAGCGGGUGCUGGAGUUCUAAUUUGGCAGUUGUUGGUUGAAGGAGUUGAUGAAUACAGAGACACAUUUUCCUUCGUAGCGUGGAAGUAUCCGUCGACCUAUAAACUAAUAUUGGAGCAAUCAUGCAGGCUGAGGAAUGUGUCUUCGGAGGCUUACACGAGGAAUGAAGUUCACAAGAAAGAUCCAUGUUAAUAAGGUUGCUCGAUUUGGAUAAGUCCAUAUUUUCUCACAUCCAAAUUAAAUGAUGUAAAAAAUUAUAUCAGAAGCCAGUUGAAAAUUUGAGGUCCUCAAGCAAUCUAUGUGGCGAAAAAGCACAUAUAGGUAAUGUGUAGAUUUGAAGGUCUGCACAUUAUAUGGUUUGAAGGCUGGGAAACAAUAAUUUCUGUGAAUGCUGCUGCAGCGCUGCUGUUGGAUAUGUAUACUUGUA